AUUAUAGAAAAAGUGAAUUUAAUUAAAUAACAAAAAUGAAAUUACAUGUUAAAUCAUCAACAACUGAUUUGAGUUUUGCUUUUGCAAAAUUUUUAAUAGAAUGUUCAUCAAAAGCAAUUUCUGAUCAUGGGUAUUUUGCUGUUGGAUUUUCUGGAGGAAGUGCUGCAACAAUGGUUUGUGAGUGUUUUAAACAAGCUGAGUUUUCAGAGUCAGUUGAUUGGUCAAAGUGGAAAAUUUUUAUUUGUGAUGAGCGUUAUGUAGAUUUAAGUGACCCAGAUAGUAAUUUUAAAUCUAUAUAUGAUGGAUUAAUUGUUAAACAUAGUUCUAUUUUGCAAGAAAACGUUUUCAAAAUGAAUAAGUUAAGCAGUUUAGAGGAAGCAGCAUUAGAUUAUGAAGAACAGAUGAAAACCGUGUUUGUUACAGAUGGAUUCCCUUGUUUUGAUCUUCUUGUACUGGGAAUGGGUCCUGACGGGCAUAUUUGCUCCUUAUUUCCUAACCACGAACUGUUAAAUGAAGAAUCUAAAUGGGUAAGCUACCUUGAUGAUUCUCCAAAACCACCACCACAGAGAAUAACAUUUACUUUAAAUGUUGUGAAUAAUGCUAGUUGUGUUUUGUUUGUUGUAACUGGUGAGAGUAAAGCUGAAAAAGUAAAAGAAAUAGUAGAAAAUCCACCAACUAGAAGUAUUCCUGCUUCUUUAGUCAAACCAAUUCACAAAAAUGUUCACUGGUUUAUGGAUACUGCAGCUGCAAGCUUGCUGUCAAAAUAAUAAACUUUUUUUUUUUGUCAUACUUGAAAUAUCUUUAUUAGUUACAAAAUUCAACAAUUUAAA